CAAACCGAAAUAGGAAACUGAAGAAGAAGAAGAAACUGACCUGAGCUAAGGGCGACGGCGGCGCUCGACGGUGAUGAGCGGUGGACUUCCGGCGAAGGCGAAACAGCGGCGAUUGACGGCGCUGCAGCUCGAUGACGAGGACGACCGACGCUGGCAGUGGAGGCGACGAACGGCAGCACGACGAGGUGAACCGUCGUCGGCGGCGCUGAUGCUGACGGCGGACCUCUGGCGAAGGAAGCAGCGGCGAUUGGCUGCGGCGAGGAGGCUCUGGCGUGCGUGACGCCGGCGUGGUCGAACGGCAGGGGAGGAUGACCGGCGAAGAACGGCGUCUGGCGGCUGCAACUCGACGGCGAUCGAAGGUGAAGAAGAAGAAGGUGUGCGCGACUCUCAGAUCCGAACGGGAGACGGGUAGGUUUAGGUUUUAUUUAAUGAUCCCAUUCCUAAAAGGAUUGGGCUUCGGACCCAAAAUACCUGAUUAAAUGGUCAUAACAUGA